AUGUCCUCACCCUCUCCGCCCACAGGGCCCCCCCAGCCUCAUGGGGUGCUCGGCCACGUCCUCGAGGAGACAGGCCUCCUAUCCCUCCACGCCUCGUCGCGAGACGUCAAACUGCUCUGCCUGCAGCGCUUCACGCGCAUGUUCGCAUACGGGAUAUCGACCCUAAUUCUAGUCGCCUAUCUCUCCGCCCUAGCGAUCCCCAAGAUAGAUAUCGGGCUAUUCAUGACCCUGACCCUAGCCGGCGACGUGUGUCUCAGCUUCGUAUUAACAUUAUUCGCCGAUGCCCUAGGGAGACGAGCGGUACUUGCGCUCGGCGCGCUGCUGAUGAGUGCGAGCGGUGUGGUGUUCGCUCUAUUCGGGUCGUACUGGGUGCUUCUAGUUGCGGCGGUCGUGGGGGUUAUAAGUCCGAGUGGCAACGAAAUCGGCCCCUUCCGCGCCAUCGAGGAGAGCAUCGUAGCGCAGCUAACUGACCCCAAGAAGAGAAGCGACAUCUACGCCUGGUACAGCCUCCUAGGCCUCGUGGGUGCCGCAUGCGGUUGCAUGGCAUGUGGCUGGAUCCUCCAGCACCUGACGGAAACUCUCGGGUGGGAUUUUGUUCGCGCGUAUCGCGCUAUUUACUUCGGAUAUGCUGCUCUCGGCUUAUUAAAACUAACUCUGACUCUGCUCCUGAGCCACGCCGUAGAGUCGGAGAAGAAAGCAGGCACGGAGCCUAAGGAGAGUGUCCCUGUAGUGGCCACGUUAUGCCUUCUCUUUGCUUUGGACUCCUUUGGCUCUGGGCUCGCUCCAUUAUCUUGGAUCACAUACUACUUCAAAUCCCAAUUCGACAUCGAAGAGGGAGAGUUAGGCUCCAUAUUCUUCGUCACCCAGACGAUUGCAGGCGCUUCUAUGAUCGUUGCUUCUUCUCUAGCUAAGCGGUUUGGUAAUGUCAAUACAAUGAUAUUCACGCACCUCCCCUCGCAAAUAUUCCGCGCCCUCCUAGGCGUCCCCAGCGACAUGCACCUAGCACUAGCCUUCCUCAUCCUGAACGCAAGCACUCAAUCCAUGGACACGGGACCGCGCUCCGCCUUCCUCGCCACCAUCGUGCUGCCUGCAGAGCGGACAGCGGUCAUGGGGACCGUGAACGUCGUCAAAACCACGGCACAGAGUCUCGGACCAUUAUUAACAGGUAUACUGGUUGAUCGGAAUCUGUUCUGGGUGUCAUUUGUCGCUUCGGGAGGAUUGAAAAUAUUAUAUGACUUGGGCUUGCUCGCGUUCUUCAAGAACAAGGAAAAGGAGCGAGAGAGAGCUGAGCGGUUGAGACUUCAGAGCGAUGAAGAAGGACAGCAAUAA